AUUCUUAUUUGUGCGCCGUGCUGAAGGAGUUGUACCUGCUAUGAAAUGCAGGUGAGUAUAGCGUGUUUUACCGUGGUAAAAAAAGAAAAAGAAUCUGAAAACUAUAGACGAUUGAAAAUUGCAAUUGCCAGUCGAACGCCCUUUCAACCAUCUCCUCUACCGAAACCCGCCGCCGCCGCCGCCGCCGUGAAGAUGGCUCACCUCCCGGCGUACGAUCCUUACUACGUAACAGCACCAGUGUAUGGGUAUAACAAGGAGCAGAACGAUAUAAAAACACUGUUCGUAUCCGGACUUCCCGACGAUGUUAAAGCUCGUGAAAUUCACAAUCUCUUCCGCCGCCGUCUUGGUUUUGAAUCCUGUCAGCUUAAGUACACCGGUCGAGGGGAUCAGGUUGUUGCUUUUGCUACUUUUAUAGAUCAUCCAUCAGCAAUGGCAGCCAUGCAUUCCUUGAAUGGUGUAGAAUUUGAUCCUCAAACAGGAUCGACUUUGCAUAUUGAACUGGCGAGAUCAAACUCUAGAAGAGUACAAGUUCCGGGAAAAGGACCUUAUGUAGUUAUUGACAACAGAACCAAGUCCAAAAAUGCCAAAGACACAUCAAGCAAUGAAGGUGAUACUGAAUCAGAUGAUGCUUCCGAGCCUGACAAUCCUGAUUCUGGCACAAAUGAUGAUCCUUCGGAAGAGAAAAGUGAAGAGAAAGUGGUAGAGUCUGACCAUGCUUUGGCCGUGAAAAGUGAACAAAGCGAGAAGACAACAGAUGGUGCACAACCAUGUUCCACUCUGUUUAUCGCCAAUCUUGGUCCAAAUUGCACUGAGGAUGAACUGAAGCAAGUUAUUUCUCAGUAUCCUGGAUUUAACACCCUCAAGGUGCGUGCAAGAGGCGGGAUGCCUGUUGCUUUUGCUGAUUUUCAGGGCAUUGACCAAGCAACUAAAGUGCUGAAUGCUCUUCAAGGAAGCACAUUACCAUCUUCUGAUCGGGGUGGCAUGCACAUAGAGUAUGCGAGAUCCAAAAUGAGAAAGCCCUAGAUGCCAUCUUAUGGUAAACAAGCAUUUCAAUGGUUACUGACUUAACUGACUGCUCUUUUGGCCUGGACCAGCAGUUGCAUGCUUUUUGUAUUGGCUUUAAGGGCAGAAGUGCGAAUGCAAGAUUUUGCAGACUUAACUGCCUUGACAUAUGUUUAUGUGUUGUUGUAGAUUUUAGCUAUGGGUUAUUGAACAGGACCGUUAGUUUUAGUAGCAGUAUUCUGAGGUUUCUGAUUAGUACAAAAUUACAACAGGGCAUAGAUUAUUCAGUCUUCUUCCCUGAUAGUGGGGGUUGAGGGAACUAUAGAGUUCUAAACAUUUCGAGCAUUUUCCUUGUAAGAAAUUCACCAAUCAAUUAAUUGUUCUUUCAAGAAACAAAUCACAUUACUUUGGCAUA